CGGCGGGCAUCCGGCGUGGGUUUCAGCUUCGAGCCGCUCCCAGAUCCGCGGCGUUGCUGGAAGUAGUGAAGAUUGCAGGGAAACAUUCACCAUCCGGUUUUUUUUGUUCUGAAGAAAGUCUGGCAGCGGUGCACCCAUUUCCAUUAUUCAUAUAGCCCUUUCGACACAAGUGUGUGUGAAAAUGAGAUGCUGACAUCUUUACAGUUCUCGUCAACUCACACUAUUGAUUUUGGGGCUUGGUUCACUUUGGCACCAUGAGUAAGCCACAAGAAGAAAAGCAGCUGGAGGCAUCAGUGGAUGCAAUUAUCAGUCGCGUGGCUGAUCUGAAGAACUCUUUGGCAGCUUUCAUCCUGAAACUGGAGAAUGAAUUUGAUCGGAUGAACUGGCCCUCAGUCUUGGAUAACUUUGCUCUGGUAUCUGGGCAGCUAAACACCUUGAACAAGCUCCUAAGGAAUGAUAAAACACCGAUUCUAAGAAAUCAGGUCAUCAUUCCAUUGCUGCUUUCUCCUGAUCGUGAUGAUGAAUUGAUGAAACUAACAGAGGGUCGAGUUCCAGUUUUCAGUCAUGAAGUGGUUCCAGAUCAUCUCCGGACUAAACCAGAUCCAGAAGUUGAAGAACAGGAAAAGCAACUAAGUGCAGAGGCAGCGCGUCUGGCACCUGAUGUAGCUCAGAAAUAUGUCCAGUCUAUGAACAAAAUGUGCAGUAACCUACUUGAGAAACUCAACAACACCCGGGAGGACCGUGAGACUGAGAGUGGAGCUCUGCGACAGAACAAGCAAACCUUUAAUCCAGCUGAUACAAAUGCUCUAAUCGCAGCAAUUGGAUUUGGAAAAGGAUUAUCCAAACCAAUCAGAGCACAACCCCAAGGUGGAACAGUGUCCUCAGGUCAGUCUGUACCAGGUAGUGGCCUGCAGGGAGGUCCAAGCCUGUCACAGGUAUCAAUUCAAGGUGGGCCAAGCCAACAGGGAUUGCCUGGGCAAGUUGCUUCACAGCAAGGUCAGCCAGGUAAAAUGCCAAGUACCAUAAAAACAAACAUCAAGUCUGCGUCAAUGCAUCCAUAUCAGCGAUGAGCCCUGUGGCAUAGAUGUUGUCAUAAAUUGCCAUAUUUAGUGUAAGGAACAACCUGAAAUGAAUGUUAACUUGGUUGAUAGUUUGAAGAUUUUUUAUAAUUUAAGCAUUUGUAUAUUUAUAUAGUACACUCAAGAUGGAAAUUUGAUAUUAAAUACAAUGCAUAUAUAAAGUGCUGCUGAAUCUUCAGGAAGAUUCUUACAAUAAACCUUCAGUGUACAACUUUCCUUUUUAUUCAUUACGUCCAUAAUCUGUGGAUUCCAAAUGGUACCCUGAAGCUAGAUUUACUAUAAUUGAAGAAUAAUCUUUGCAACAAUUAGCUAUUACAUGUAUUUGACCAAGUUUACUUAUGUAUUAAUGUUUUUCAUGAUAUAUUUUUGCAUUUUCAAACUGUCUUAAAAAUCCAUUUAAUA